AUGGCGGUCAACUACACUGGGACGUGGGACAUUGUCAGCAAUGUCAACUUCGAAGGAUACAUGAUUGCUCUUGGUAUUGAUUUCGCAACCCGCAAAGUGGCGGCCAUGCUGAAGCCUCAGAAAGUGAUAAAGCAAGACGGUGAUAAAUUCACCAUCAGGACCCUCACCACUUUUAAGAACUAUGAAGUUGCAUUUAAGGUUGGGGAGGAGUACAAGGAGGUGACUAAAGGAAUGGAUAACCGUAUAUGCCAGAGUGUGGUCAACUGGGAAAAUGACAAGCUAGUGUGUGUUCAGCGAGGGGAAAAAAGGAACCGAGGUUGGAUUCACUGGAUUCAGGGAAAUGAACUUCAUUUGGAGCUCACCUGUGAGGAUCAAGUCUGCAAGCAAGUUUACAAAAGGACACUCUAA